ACUGCUCCUCUGUUGCCUGGUGAGCGUGAACGCGUCUAGCUCUACGAGCUGCUGAUGAGAGAGAGAGAGAGAGAGAGAGAGAGAGAGAGAGAGAGAGAGAGAGAGAGAGAGAGAGAGAGAGAGAGAGAGAGAGAGAGAGAGAGAGAGAGAGAGAGAGAGUUGUCGUGCACGCGCCGGCCUGUGUGGUGGUAGUGUCGGUGUCGGUGUUGGUGUAUGUGGGAGCAGGAGGAGAGACUCUGCAGUGUCUUGGCAGCUGCAUUAGUGCAUCUCCCACCGUCCGCGAUGCCUUCACGGCCAAUGCCUGCCUCCUCCGCGUGCACUUGACAGCAGAUAACAGACAUGAAGUCGUCGGGAAACUGAGCCGGACAUCCGCACGAUCAGCUCGGUAUCUAUUUAUGCCCCGGAGACAGUCCGGAGCGCUUCAUUCACCCACCGAAACCCCGUGACGAGAAUUGUUAAUGGAAAAUGGCGAUAGGCAGAAGCUCUUGCAGCAUCGUCUGCUUGGUAUCUAUCCAGAUUAUCUUGAUUUUCAGCGCAUCGUGGCCUGGAGCGGAGAGUCUCACGUUCCCGCAGCAAUACACGAUAAUGCACUGGGCCCGGCGUAUCGAGCAGGAGAUUGACAGAGUGUUUCAGCACAUCACUGGAGCUCAGCAGUUGAAAGGGAUCUACAAUGAGGAGAGAAGAAGGUUUAGUCUGGUGAAGAAUCAGCCUCGAAAGAUUGUGGAGAGGGUAGCUUCAGAUAUAGAGAAACUACUGGCUAAGAAACGCACAGCACUCGAAAGGUUAGCAAGGGAAGCGGAGCGGCUUCAGCGAGAGCAUCUUUGGCAGGAUGGUAUCAAGGAGCUGGACAUGGCAUACUAUGACUCAAAGGCUGACCUGGAUUAUUAUUCAAUGGAUGGAGAAGGAGAGGUGGAGAAUCCCUCUCAUAUCAAGUUGGAGUUUGUGUACGAUCCAAACUUCAAAAACAAUGUCAACUAUUCAUACACAGCUGUUCAGAUCCCCACAGAUAUUUACAAAGGAGCCCCAGUCAUUCUGAAUGAGCUGAACUGGACGCAGGCACUGGAGAAAGUGUUCAUGGAGAAUAGUCAGGAGGAUCCUUCGCUCCUCUGGCAAGCGUUUGGGAGUGCUACUGGUGUCACACGAUACUACCCAGCUUCACCUUGGAAAGCUCCUGAUAAAAUUGAUCUAUAUGACGUCAGAAGAAGGCCCUGGUACAUACAGGGAGCCUCAUCCCCCAAAGAUAUGGUCAUUCUUGUUGAUGUGAGCGGCAGUGUCAGUGGACUCACCCUGAAACUGAUCAAAGCCUCUGUGAUGGAGAUGCUCGACACUCUGUCUGAUGAUGACUACGUCAAUGUGGCCAGGUUUAACGAGAAGGCCGAGGCUGUGGUUCCCUGCUUCAAACAUCUCGUCCAGGCAAACGUGCGCAACAAAAAGAUCUUCAAGGAUGCAGUGCAGCAGAUGCAAGCUAAAGGCACCACUGACUACAAGUCUGGAUUUCAUUUUGCCUUCAAUCAGCUGUUAAAUAAAACAAACGUCCCCCGGGCCAACUGUAAUAAAAUAAUCAUGCUGUUUACUGACGGAGGGGAGGACAGAGCUCAGGAUGUCUUCAUGCAAUACAACUGGCCCAAUAAAACGGUGCGAGUUUUCACAUUUUCCGUGGGUCAGCACAACUAUGAUGUCACACCUUUGCAGUGGAUCGCAUGCACCAAUAAAGGUUACUAUUUUGAGAUCCGUUCCAUCUGUGCUAUAAGGAUUAACACCCAGGAGUACCUCGAUGUGCUGGGGCGCCCCAUGGUUCUGGCAGGAAGCGAAGCCAAGCAGGUUCAGUGGACCAACGUGUAUCAGGAUGCUUUGGGUCUUGGCAUGGUGGUGACGGGAACUUUGCCUGUGUUCAACCUCACCAUGGAUGGAAACUCACAGAAUCAGCUGAUAUUGGGCGUCAUGGGAGUUGAUGUCCAUCUUGAUGAGAUAAAGCGACUGACACCCCGAUACAAUCUUGGUGCUAAUGGAUACAUAUUUGCCAUCGACCCCAAUGGAUAUCUUCUUCUUCACCCUAAUCUUCAGCCAAAGCUCGUGAACCUCCCUGAACCUGUGACACUGGACUUUCUGGAUGCAGAGGUGGAGGAUGGCAACAAGGAAGAAAUUCGGCGACAAAUGAUUGAUGGUAGACCGGGUGAAAUGCAGAUCAAAACUUUGAUCAAGUCGAUUGAUGAGCAAUACAUCGAUGAGGUGUUCAGGGGUUACACCUGGACUCCGAUCAACGGUACAGAUUACAGUCUUGGUUUAGUAUUACCUCCCUACAAUGAAUACUUCAUCCAGGCAGACCUGAGUGAUGUGAUGCUGCAGCUCCAGUAUAUGCAGUCACUGCUGCCGAGCUCAUUUGAGUCUGCAGGACACGUGUUUCUGGCUCCAAGGGAAUACUGCAAACGACUGCAAAUUUCUGAUAACAACACCCAGUUUUUGCAGAACUUCCUCUCACUUAUGCUGGACAUUUCCCCAGAAUCUGAUGAGUGUGACCAAGGCCUCAUCCACAACCUUAUUUUGGACUCCCGGAUAAUUGGACAGCUUGCCUCUCGAGUUUGGAAAAACAAGGACUUGAAUUCGUAUGGCUUCCUGGCUGUGUUUGCAUCCACUGAUGGAGGAAUAACACGGGUCUUUCCUAAUAUAGCUGCUGAGUCAUGGGAAGAAGAUCCUGAGCCCUUCAAUUCAAAUUACUACAGACGGAGUCUUGACAACAAAGGCUACAUGUUCAGAGCUCCAUCCAGAUCCUCUUUAGACGACCCUGUAGGUGCAGAAAACGGCACUGUUGGAAUCCUGGUCAGUUCAGCUAUUGAGGUGAAUUUAGGAGGAAAACUACUCAAACCUUCAGUGGUUGGAGUGAAGCUGGACUUAGAGGCGUGGGUGGACAAGUUUAAGAUCCUGGCCAGCAAUGUGUCAGAUGGUCGGCAGGGCUCACACAAGUGUGGACCGUCCAGAAGCUGUGAGAUGGACUGUGAAGUCAACACUGAUGACCUCUUGUGCUAUCUCAUCGAUGAUGGUGGGUUCCUGGUCAUGUCCAAUCAGAGAGAUCACUGGAAAAAGAUUGGUCUUUUCUUUGGUGAUGUGGAUCCUUACCUGAUGCACGCACUCUACAACAACUCAAUCUAUAAUCGGCGUCAAUCUUUCCAAUACCAGUCUGCGUGUGAGCCUGUCUCUAGCAGCCACACAGGAGCCGCACACAGGGGCAUCUUUGUGCCGUCCAUCGCUGACAUCCUCAGCUUAGCUUGGUGGACGUCCACAGUGGCAUGGUCUGUGGUCCAGCAGCUACUGUAUGGAUUGGCAUACAACAGCUGGCUCUAUCAAGGUGAUGUCCUGGUGGAGGGUUUUGAGAUAAAGGAAAGCAGCUGUGUGACCAUCCAAAGCCAGUUCUACUUCACAAACACCACCAACUCCUACAACAUGCUGCAGGACUGUGGAAACUGCUCACGGCUGUUUCACGCCAAGCGGAUAGAAGGCACAAACCUCCUGUUUGUGGUGGCUGAGACGCUCCCCUGCAGCUCAUGUGAGAUCGAGAGACUAACACAAGUUAAGACGGAGUUUCAGGAAGAGAAUCCAUGUGAAGUAUUGAGCAAUGCACGGUACCGCAAGGGCCCGACUUCCUGCUUUGACUACAGUGCCUUAGAAAACACGUCAGAGUGCGGACGGGGUCAUGCUCUGCAGUCUUCCAUAGGAGUCCUUCUCUUUAUUCAGCUUAUUCUGCCUCUUUUUCAUCUCUGACACGUACAAACCUUCACACUGACAUCUUUCAUCUCUCUUUGGGUUCAGGCUCGGAACUACUGAAGGUCAUACCAAACAGCAACUGUAUAAUUCUUCUUUUGAUCUACAACCGGCCCUGAAUAGCAUUUGUGCUGGGAAAAAAAGAUGUGGAUCAGCUCUUGGUGUUUUUGCCUUAUUGUGUAUGCAUAUGUUGGUGUGUCUGGGCUUGAGUACAAAAUGUAGGCAGAGAAUGUGUUGAGUGCGCAUGCUACUUAAACUAGGACAAGCAUGUUUCAGAUUACAACACACAGGCUCAGCCAUGCAAACAAUCACAACAAAGUCAGGGAGGCAGCUGAAAUUAACUUUUAAUGGACCAAUAAAUAAAAACCUAGCUUGAGCAAAUGCCAGUUCAAUGUUGAUGAUAGAUUAUGAGGAAAAAUUCUUAUAGGAUCAAAAACUAUAUUUUACUGUUCCAUGAAUACACAUGGUGGAAGUAAGUAUUAAAUCUUUUACUUAUGUAAAGUUGUGUUGCCAAACUGCGGCAGUACAACUCUCGAGCUAGUAUUCCAUAUUUUAGUUAAAGCUGCUGUGAGGAACUUUUAGUUUGUGAUGAUUGUGGUGCCCCCCUGAAGGCAAAAUCUUUUCCUAUACAUGGCAAGGUAGUAUUUUCUAACAAAGUCAUCCUGCUAAAUAUUUGCUGUAGAAACUGUAAAGGAAGGCUGUUUGUGCAAUUCUUGAAUUGUCUGGUCAGACCGCUACCCCCCUUGCAGCGGUUUCAGGCAUACAAAAUAGAAAUGUUCAGUCUUGUUGCUAGUGCUCUCACUUGCUUUUGUAGUUGAUAUAGAGGGAUCAGUAUCAGUUUCAAUUUGUUUCAUACCGGUUAAAAACUCCUCGCAGGGGCUUUAAGUUAAGGUUGACAUAUUUAUGCUUAAAAUAACUUAAAGUUUUAAAGAUAAAGUUUUAAUUUUAUAGAAGACUGGACCAAUCUCAGUGCAAUAUAUCAACAGAGUAUUAUCACUGAUGUGUUUACAUUUAAGAACCAUUAAUGUUUUAGCUCCUCAAUUUUCAGUACAUUAUGUAGUCCUGCGGUUGGAUCGUUUCAUCUAUGACACUAACUUCUCUGUAAAAUACGAAAAAACCUAGACCUGCCAUUUAGUGGAUUCAAAUGCAAAAUUUUCCCUCUACAUCAUAUUGGACAGUUAUCAAAGACACUCUGUUGCCUUUUGUGUUUACAAUCAGUAAUACUAACCAAGCAUUAACAUUUGAGAUCUAAUAAAUGUGUCAUGUAAGUUAUUUUUUCUGUUAUUUCAAAAACAUAUUUUUCAUUUAGACACAACUUCGUUUACAUCCAUGUUUACCUGCCAGCAGUUUCAGUAUAUCUUCCAUUUAUUCUGCACCACAGCAACCCUGCAUAUAUGAUCAUCUGUUGUUCUAUACCUAGUGACUCAGUGGUCAGCUAAACACAGCCAAGUAAUUCUGCAACUUAACUCUUUGUUUGUCACUGUGGCUCCAAUCCAACCUCAGUAAUUAGCUGUUUACAUUGAUUUAAAGUUAAAAUUCAACAGCUUAGUGAAGCUAACUAAGUCGAAGUUUUACAGAGUGUACUUCAUCCAUGUACAGAACACAUUAGGGGAACAGCUUCUGCAUGACAAUGGAACAAAACACAAUCUGUUGCUACAGAAUUCAGACUCCAUCCUCUCCACAGUUGAGACAUUACAGCUUCUGGAGACUCCUGCUCUUGCUUCGUGAAAUUCAAAAAGACAGAUACUAAUUUGCAUGUCUGGUCCUAGUAAAAGUCUUUGCACACAAAGGAGCUCUUGCACCUUCAGCAGUUAUUCUUAACAUGACAGUAGAUCCGAGCCUUAACCUUACAUUCACUUCAGUGUCUUUCAAUCCACCUCUAAACCUUUGCCAAGACAGUUUCUGUACUUAGAAUGAUAUCAUACAUGACACAACGACCCAGAAUGGUUCUCCUCUGCCGUCGCAAAUGCGCCCUGCCUCUUAAAUCUUAGAAUCUAAAUAUUAUUUAGAUUAAAAGUAUUUUUCCCCUAAAAUAUUUUCUUAGAGCACUUUGACCUUUAAAACAACAGUUUUGAGGAGCAAGAAUUAUGAGAAAUAUCAGAGAUAGACCUCUUGCAGGAUUAUGUGAGUUAUUACACAUAUCAGUGAUGAAACAUCUGUGUAGUUUCAUUUGUAAAAGGAUGGUAAAAGUUGAGGUUUGAUUUGUUGAGAUGCUUCCGCAGAUACUUGGUGUGACCUUGACGAGCUUCCAGUAGAUGGCUGAAAUGUUAAAACAUCCAGUAUAUCAUAAAUGACCAAAAUGAUCGAAUGUUUACACUGAUUUUGUUUCAACAUAUAGUUGUGAAUCUUUGAAACCAUUGCAUGGUAAAGCAAAGUGCUGCUGUGAUAAUUGGAUAAUUCACUCUAGCACAAAUGAUCAUGACCAUAAUCUUGUCAUUAAAUUUAUAUAAUUAAUGACUGAUGUAUAUUAUAGCACAUAACGGAAAUAGAUGUCAGUGUGGCUGGCAUAUUUUGUUUGAAGGGAAGCUCUUUUUUGUAUGUUGUAUCGCCAUUAUUGUCCAGCUUGAAUUUAUGCACUUAUGUAUGCUUCUGUAUGGGGAAUGUAGUUUCUGAACAGCUUUCAGUGUUAUAAAUAUGUUGAGUAUGUGAUGCUUUUAACUCCUUUGAGAUUGAGCCGAUGUCUCAUUGCAUGUGAUGGAUUGCUGUGGAAGAAUAUUUAGACUUUAUCAUGCGUACCUCACUCUAACAAUUAUAUGUUUAAAACUGUAAUAGUUUACUACACAACAGUCCAGUUAGAGUUUAAUGUCUGCAAAGAACUCAACUUUUUGAAUUAGAAAUGUUUUGCUCAUGAUGAAAAUUAUUGUACAAAUUAUUAUUUUUUCCAUGACACUAGCUCUUUCACUCUGUGUGAUGUGGUGCACAUAAAUAUUAUUUAAUAUUCUCCCAAACCAAAAAAACAUAUACGUUAUGCAAAAGACAGAAACUCUAGCAGUCUUGCAAAAAGGCACCCUAUAGUUCCCAGACUGCAAGCCAAAAGCUUUAAAAUAUUUAUUUUAUUGGCCAAACACUGCAAAAUAUUCUGUUUAAAGUAAAAAAAAAUCUGAAAAGAAUCCAAUCCUCGUACUGCACAAUUUGGAACAAGCACAUAUGGUAUUUUUGAAGGCAAAUUAAAAUUUGUUGAUCUUUAUGUUUCUUCAUUCUAAAGGAUCUGUUGUUGUAAAAUGCACAGAUUACACUCCUUCAGUAGAGAUAAAGACUGAUGUUCUAUAAAUGAAAAACUAUGUCAACUGUUUGUGAGAAGCUCUGCUUGAUAAAAUACAAAAUACGCUGUCCCACAGUGAUCCAUCAGCUGCUGUCUUUUUGUGUUUACCAUUUAAACCAAUCAAAGAGUUAACGGGAAUAUUUUUAAAACGCUUUUUUGAGAAAAUAUUUGUAAAAUGUUGUUUUCUCAGUCUGCCUGGUGUUCCACCCUGCAGUGCCUUGGUGCACUUGUUUUUGAAAGCAGGAACUUUUGGAUCUAGACCUGUGGACAUUCAUCCUGUUGGCCGUGUCAAAGACUCACUUGAGUUGAAAGGGUUCAACUUUAAAUGGACUUCUCAGUCAGGGAUCUAAGAAAAGAUGCUCUUUACGGACUUAUAAACAUUUCAAAAGGAGCGAAGCACAGCCGUCAAAGAGCACAACAGAGGUGUGUUGAACAGCUGGCCUCCCCUCCUGCCUUCUCGUGGACAGAUGUGUGUCAGAGCGUUGACUUCGAACCCUGCUGCCCGUCUGCUUCGUGUUGUUUAUCUACACUGUGCGGUUCAGACUUGAAUCAAAGCACAGACACUGUCUGUUUUCAUAUUCUUUGUUCAUUCCAUCUGCACUGUAUAUUAUAUAUUUGAGGCUUGUUGGAAACGUAUACUUUUCCAUUAGGACUGACUGAAAUGAGAGAAUGUUUAUGUACAGUAAACCUACUGUUGUGCAUCUCUGCUGUUCCCAAGCAUGGUGGGGACCCAGAGAAGCAGAUUUAAAUCUCAACACUGUUUAGAGACCUCAGUAAAAACAAUGCUUUAAAAAAACAAAAAAACAAGCUUUUACUCUGAGACCUGCAGUAUUAACUUCAGGUUGUGUUGCAGUAUUUAAACAACACUGUUGUACAUUGAAGGAGAGACGUUUUGUGACACUCUUCAUAGCUGACAAUAUAAUAUUACUGUCGAGGUCAGUGUUGUAGUUUCAUUUUAAAUUACUGGUAUUUAUUUGCAUGAUAUUUUGAACAGUUUACAGAUUUGUGUACAUAGUCUGAUGGAUAUUUUACAUUCCUGUCCACGUUCAGCUUUCCACUGCUGUGGUGAGAAGUGAGGGGGCCCUCUGUGGAUAUCUCUGGGUAGUGCAGCCGAGGCCUCAUCGUUGAUGUGUUAUCGAGAAAAGCUGGAAGUUUGACUUCAGUGAAGCCUAUUAUAACUGUCAGUGUUUGCAUUUUAGGUCUUUUUCAGCAAGUAAAAGCACAGAUGAGUUUAGAGUCAAGAGCAACAAACUGCCUGAUUACACUUCUGUCAUUUAUUUUGGCAAAACAGUGACAUGAAAAUGCUGUCAAGGAUUCAUGCAUUGAAAGGCUGUAUAACAAAUAAACAAGGUAGUGGCAUGUGUGGGGACACCCCUUUAUCAAAUAACUUUGUUUAUAAAAAGAUAUAUGUGUUUCUAUUUUAAUUUCAUGAUGUAAUAUUUUGUUUAUUUGUUAGUUUAUUUGAGUAGUAUGUAUUAUAUUUGUCUUGAAAAGAAAGAAGCUGAAUGUGUUUGAAGCCUGUGUGGGUGCAUUAAGCAGUUUACAAGAAAACUGGGAAACAGACAAAAAACAAGAAUUCUUUAUGUCCAUGUCCUUUUAUUUACCGAGUAUCAAAUGAUAAGAAUGUUAAUGUUUUUGCUGUAUCUUUGCUUUUCAUUUUGCUGGCGUCGUUUACAGUUUCCUCUCUUUGUGCCAGUCUCCGAUGCCACCUCAUUUUUGUACAGACGAUGUGAAGCAGUCAGCUGACCAUGAAGGCUAACUUUGUAAAGAUUUUGUCAGUCACAUUACAAAAUAUCUAAAUGUUUAUAUCUUUGGUGAUUAAAUGCUAUUAAUAUUUUUCACUUCA